AUGAACUCAACGUUACUCGGCACUUCGAGCUCGACAAAGACCGUAUCGGUGCACAUCGCAUCCCACCUACGUUCGCUCGCCGCACCAUGCCGCUCCCUCGGCGAGCAGGUGUCGUCUGCUUCCGUUGCUGAGAUGGAGACCCCCGUCCAGGUAAAGUGCGAUCUGCAAGACAGCCCAGACGGGUCCACGCCCGGCUCGGACUCACCCACCGCAGACGACGGCUUCGGCGGACAAUGUUACUUUGCCGGACUGCCCUCUGAGACGGUGGCCUCGAUGCCUCGCGAAUCCUACGAUACUGCUCUGGCGCGGCCGUUUGCAGCGCGUCUACGCCAGGCCGUCAUGCUGCUGAUCAAGCCUUCGUCGCUGCCGCGGCCCGGUCUCCUGAGUGCUUGGAGUGAGGCUUUCAUGAGCAAGGCCUUUCACCACUGCCCCGUCGUCGAGACGGGGGACUUGCCGCCGGAGGGUUCAUCCGUCGCGGUCAAUCUGGGCCUGUGCCUCGUGGGGAAUAUGGUGAGGCACGACACCCGGGCACCGCGGGUGGCGGGCGACCUGGUUGAGAAGCUGAGCCUCUUGUUGGCCGUCGACUACGAGCAGAACCGCGUGCAGCUGCUAAAAUCCCUGUGCCUCGUAUCAUGCUGGGACGGCGCGCCGACGGCGCAGGCUAGCCUGUACGGGGCGUGGCACUGGAUCGGAGCUGGGGUGCGGCUCAUGGUGCAGAUGGGGCUGCAUAGGCGCGCGGCGUACGCUGACCAUCUCGAUUCGGCGUGUCUGAAGCGCAUCUUUUGGUAUCUACAUAACUGCGACGUCCUCCAGACAGCAUGCUGGGGCCGGCCGCCUCUCCUGCGAAGGAGGGAUCAUGAUGUCGAACCACUUGAGAGGAAUGACUUUGAAACCCUGUCACCGCAGGCCCUCGUCUUUGUCGAAAAGUCAAAGUUGUGCGUGAUACUUGCCCGGAUGGCCGAGAUGGCGUCGACCGAGAGCGCUCCCGCAAUGGCCAGCAUCGAUGCGGCCCUUGCCGACUGGAUCGCCGACGUACCGGCUGAGCUGCAGAUAUACGGACCCGACGGCCGUCGCAGGCCGUACUACCGCCCCGCAUCCGAGCUUUUCAUCCUGUACUUUGUCGCCGUCAUCCUGAGCCUGAUGCCGAGACAUCCCGUGGGCGAGCGCAUGCGGCGGCACCCACCCACCUUAUCCGUGUACGCGUCGGUGGCCGCGUCGUGUAUCGUGAUGCUGUACGACGAGAUGGGCUGCCGUGACGACACGGUGGGGCUGCUGCCAAUGCACGGCUUCUUCUCUCUCACGGCCACACUGCCACUCAUCUGCGACGGUCCCGGCACGGAAGAGCGCCACCGGCAUUCCGAAAAGAUCGAGGUGCUGCGGUCGGUGGUGUCGACGAUGCGCGACGGCUACGGAGACGCCCAUGUGAUUCUGGAGAAGAUGAAUUGGCUGCUUAGGAGGGUAGAGGCCAUGAAUGGCGAUGCCCAUCUGUCAGGACCCACGGGACCUUUGCGUGGUAGGGAUCCUGCCGUGGGGCAUCGAGAAUUAUUCCCGUUCCCUCGCGGCAUGUGCUACGACCUGGACGUGCUCCAGGAUGCACCGCCCAUCACGUCCAUGGCUGUGGCUGUGACCGACCUGGGACCGGUUGAGGGACUGGGCGACGUGGUGUUCGACUAUAGCCUGAUGGACUUUUUCGAUUUUGAUCUUGGAAGCCUGGAGGCUGUCAACAGCACAGAGGAGGCGCAGUGA